AUGAGUGCGUCGCAGGAGUUGCAGGCGCAGGAUCAGCAUGGGGUCACUAGCCCGGGCGGCACAGGCCAAGCGGAAAGGCCGCGAGCACGGCGCCGAAGGGGGCGACGACAGGGAGGGCAGAGGGCUGGGGGCCAGCCAGGGGUGACCGGAGCAGCUCAGGGAGAGCAGCAGCCAGGGGGCCAGCCGGGGGUGACCGGAGCAGCUCAGGGAGAGCAGCAGCCAGGGGGCCAGCCGGGGGUGACCGGAGCAGCUCAGGGAGAGCAGCAGCCAGGGGGCCAGCCGGGGGUGACUGGAGCAGCUCAGGGAGAGCAGCAGCCAGGGGGCCAGCCGGGGGUGACCGGAGCAGCUCAGGGAGAGCAGCAGCCAGGGGGCCAGCCGGGGGUGACCGGAGCAGCUCAGGGAGAGCAGCAGCCAGGGGGCCAGAGGGGGGUGACCGGAGCAGCUCCGGGAGAGCAGCAGCCAGGGGGCCAGCCGGGGGUGACUGGAGCAGCUCAGGGAGAGCAGCAGCCAGGGGGCCAGCCAGGGGUGACCGGAGCAGCUCAGGGAGAGCAGCAGCCAGGGGGCCAGAGGGGGGUGACCGGAGCAGCUCCGGGAGAGCAGCAGCCAGGGGGCCAGCCGGGGGUGACCGGAGCAGCUCAGGGAGAGCAGCAGCCAGGGGGCCAGCCGGGGGUGACCGGAGCAGCUCAUGGAGAGCAGCAGCCAGGGGGCCAGCCGGGGGUGACCGGAGCACCCCAGGGAGCGCGGCAGCCAGGAGGGCAGCCGAGGGUGACCGGAGCACCCCGCAGAGAACAGCAGCCAGGGGGGCAGCCGGGGGUGACCGGAGAUCCCCAGGGAGCGCAGCAGCCAGGAGGCCAGGGGGGGGUGGUUGGAGCACUCCAGAGAGAGCGGCAGCCAGGGGGGCAGCUGGGGGUGACCGGAGCACCCCAGGGAGCACAGCAGUCAGGGGGGCAGCCGGGGGCGACUGGAGCACCCCAGGGAGCACAGCAGCCAGGAGGGCAGCCGGGGGCGACCCGAGCACCUCAGGGAGAGCAGCAGCCUGGAGGGCAGCCGGGGGUGACUGGAGCACCCCAGAGAGAGCGGCAGCCAGGGGGCCUGCCGGGGGUGACCGGAGCACCCCUGGGAGCCCAGCAGCCAGGGGGCCUGCCGGGGGUGACCAGAGCACCCCUGGGAGCCCAGCAGCCAGGGGGCCAGCCAGGGGCGACUGGAGCACCUCAGAGAGAGCAGCAGCCUGGAGGGAAGCCGGGGGUGACCGGGACACCCCAGGAAGAGCAGCAGCCAGGGGGGCAGGCGGGGGUGACCGGAGCUCCCCAGGGAGCGCAGCAGCCAGGGGGGCAGCCGGGGGUGAUCGGAGCACCCCAGGGAGAGCAGCAGCUAGGGAGGCAGCCGGGGGCGACAGGAACACCCCAGAGAGCGCAGCAGUCAGGAGGGCAGUCGUUGGUUGACCAGGAGCAGCAUUUGGAGGAGUGGAUCCGACUUUUGGAUUUUGAUACGCCCAUGGCGACUGCGGAGGAGUCAGAGGCGGACGGGGAGCCUCAGAGGGAAGGGCAACCGAAGCCACUAUGGACGAUGGAUGUGGAGAUGGCGGACGAGCCAUGCAUCGAAGAGCUGCCGAGCGGAGGGCAGGAGCAGCUGCAGAGCGGAGGGCAGCAGCAGCUGCAGAGCGGAGGGCAGCAGCUGCUGCAGAGCGGAGGGCAGCAGGAGCUGCAGAGCGGAGGGCAGGAGCAGCUGCAGAGCGGAGGGCAGGAACAGCUGCAGAGCGGAGGGCAGCAGCAGCUGCAGAGCAGAGGGCAGCAGCAGUUGCAGAUCGGAGGGCUGCAGGAGCUGCAGAGUGGUGGGCAUCAGCAGCUGCCGGGCGGGGGGCAGCAGCAGCUACAGAGCAGAGGGCAGGAGCAGCUGCAGAGCGGAGGGCAGCAGCAGUUGCAGAGCAGAGGGCCGCAGGAGCUGCAGAGCAGAGGGCAGCAGAAGUUGCAGAUCGGAGGGCAGCAGGAGCCGCAAAGCAGAGGGCAGCGGGAGUUGCAGAGCCGGGGGCAGCAGCAGAUGCAGAGCGGAGGGCAGCAGGAGCCGCAGGGCGGAGGGCAGCAGCGGCAGCAGAGCGGGGGGGAGCAGCAGCGGGAGAGUGGAGUGCAGCAGCGGAUGCUGAGUAGAGGACAGCAGAGCAGGGGGGUGUCGUCGGCGGGUUCGUUUGGAGGGGAGAUCCCAGACCAUACCCUGACACCCCCGCCUCGCAUCCUGUGCGAAACCUGCUUUCGCACGUUCACGGACAGAGGAAAAGCUACACGCCACAUGUCGGUCUGCAAGGCGGCGGACGCACAGCGCCGGGCUCAGGCUCUUGGGUUAACCCGCGACGUCACAGAUGACUCGGAUGGUGAACCUAUGCCACCAAGGGAUAUCGAUGAGGACGUGUGGGCUGCAGUUCCUACAUGGGACUGGGAGUCGUUCUUUGGGAUUGAGUUGGUGCCAGGGAAACUCAUGCGCCGCAUCCCACAGCGCGCUAGAUUGGGGGUGCUUGAUGCACUCUCUUGCGUCCUCAAGCGGCUUCAAUUGAGGGCAGCAGACGAGGCGGCAUCCUUGGUCUUCCUGGCAUUCCCUCCUCUGAUUUUGGGGAUUCCAACCGGGCAAGGCCAGGGGCACAGGGCGGCAAUUAGGGAGCGGUUGGAGAAGUUUUGGGCCGGGGAGUGGCGGCAGUUGUUCGAGUCGGCGGUGGCGGCGAUGCAUCCAGCGGCUCGUCCAUUGUUCUUCACCCCUUCCGAGCAUGACCCCGAUGCAGUGCGCCUGGCUCGCUGCCGCACAAGAUGCAAAGUGGGAGAAUGGAGUAGGGGCUUGGCGUGUCUUACAGCUGGUAGCGUGGCGCAGCCCUCCCAGAACAUGGUGGACUCGCUACGCGCCAAACACCCAUCUUGUGAGACCGCCAUCCCGGAGUGGUUGCAGGAGGCGACAGUCGAGCCGUCUCUGAUCCCCGAGCUUUCAGUGGAGGGCACGGGGGCAUGA